GAGACGGAGAGAGAGAGAGACAGAGAGACACCUGCAGAGAGGGUUGAAGUGUGUGUUUUGUGUGUGCCUGGUCGUGUGCGUCCCUCUGGAUGGGACAUUGAGAGAUGUGUGUGUCACAGCGUCAAUGGACGGGUUUCAGGGCACCGUGCCCCCCCGCCCUCCGCCUCCUCCUCCUCCUCACUCUGUCCUUGCUGUCGUCCAUGCCGCCGCUGGCUCAGGCUGCCAUCAACAUCCCCAAAGACUUCUCGCAGCCUCCGGUCCUGACACAGAAGCCGGUAUCACUCACUGCCUUUUCUACAGAAGACAUCAACCUGCCCUGUGAGGCCUCCGGGAACCCCACGCCCACUUUCCGCUGGGUGAAGGACGGCGAGGCGUUUGGCUCGGAGCGUACAGGGUCCGGGACGCUGCGAGCCGAAGACGAGGUUCCUCUCAGCUCGUAUGAAGGCUUGUACCGCUGCUACACCUCCAACAGCCUGGGCACCGCCGUGACGCAGAGCAUCCAGGUCAUCGUGGAGGCUCAGCCAGUUCUUCCUAAACAACAGAAAGUUCAUAAGAGCGGUAAGGAGGGAGAGAGCAUGAUGCUGACCUGCAACCCUCCAGAGAGCUCCACCCCUCCAAGCAUCCACUGGAUGGACAAGUGGAUGGUGCAUAUCAAGCAGAGUGACAGAGUGAUGGUCGGCCUCAACGGGAACCUUUACUUUUCUAAUCUUCUGAAGACCGACAGCAGAGACGACUACAUCUGCAACGCCCAGUACUUUGCAGCCAGAACUAUCCUCCCUGAUACCGCUGUCAGACUCACCGUGCUGCCCAGUAAUGAUGUGGUUCACGGCAGGAAGCCUCACCUCUUCCAUCCCGCGGGUUCCCACACCUCCCUGCUGGCCCUCAGAGGUCACAGCGUCAUCCUUGAAUGUAUCCCCAAAGGCCUACCGACUCCGAAGGUGGAAUGGACGAAGAAGGAUGGCCGGCUGGAGGAAACCAGCAGCCAGGAGGACCACUACGGCCGCCGGCUCCGCUUCGACAACAUCACAGAGGAAGAUGAUGGUGAAUACGAGUGCAGAGCCUUUAACGACCACGGCUCCACGUCACACCGCUUCAUGCUCAGUGUGGAAGCCUCUCCGUACUGGGUGAAGCAGCCAGAGAACCUGCUCUACUCUCCAGGAGAAACUGUUCGACUCGACUGUCAGGCUGAUGGCAUCCCGACCCCAUCUAUCACCUGGAGCAUCAAUGGCCAGCCAGUCACAGAGGUGGACGAUGAUCCCCGCCGCAGCGUGUCUGGCGGUGUGUUGAUCCUGAGAGACGUAGAAUUUGCCGACACGGCGGUGUAUCAGUGCGAGGCCGCCAACAAACACGGCUCCAUCCUACUCAACACCCACCUCUACGUCGUGGAGCUCCCUCCUCAGAUCCUGUCGUCUGAUGGAGUCGUGUACCGGGUCAUUGAGGGCGGAGACAUCGUGCUGUUGUGUGAAUCCUUCGGCUCGCCGCGACCACACAUCACAUGGGAGGGGAAGGACAGUCUCCCUCUGCUGUCUGACCCCCGUGUCUCGCUGCAGACUGACGGGACCAUCAGACUGUCCGGCGCCAGCCUCAGUGACAGCGGAGAGUACACCUGCUCCAUCACACUCACCGACAUCUCCAUCACCGCUCACCUGGAAGUCUUCAAUCGAACCGAGAUCCUGGCCAGACCGCAGGACGUCCGUGCACUCAGAGGAAGCAGCGCCCUGCUGGACUGUGACUUCUACAAAGACCCCCAGCUGCUCCAGUUCCAGAUCAAAUGGAGGAAAGAUGGAGAGGAGGUGCAGGAAUCGUCUCCAGAUGACAAACGCACUAUCUUUGGGAAUGGCACCUUAAAAGUGACAGACAUCCAAUCAGAUGAUGGUGGGGUUUAUUCCUGUGAGGUCAUCACUGACCUGGACAAUGUGAAGGCCAGCGGCUCCAUCACUGUCGUCGCCCGGCCGGACCCUCCUAAAGAUCUGUCUCUGUCUGAUGUUGAGGACCACCACCUCACUCUGCGCUGGAUCCCAGGAAACUCACACAACAGCCCCAUCAUAGAGUUCAUCGUGGAGGCCCGGGAGGAGCGACACACUGAGGAGGGGAAGUGGCUGUGGGAGGAGUGGAAGAGAGUUCCCAGGGAAUUCAACCACCUGGAGCUGACCCUCCAUCGUUUCUGCACUUACCGCUUCAGGGUCACCGCCAUCAACGAGCUGGGCCACAGCGACCCCAGCGAGCCCUCACAGACAUACGAAACGCCGCCAGGUGUUCCUGAUAGUAACCCGACGGGUGUGCGCAGUGAGUCCACAGACCCAAAGACUCUGAUCAUUACCUGGGAUGAGAUGGACAAGCGCUUACAUAACAGCCACGGCUUCCUGUACAAGGUGUUCUGGAGGAAGGCUGAUAGUGUACACUGGAACCACCAAGACGUAACGUCUCCGCCGUUCAGGGUAAACAACACAGGAACGUACACACCGUUUGAGAUCAAAGUCCAGGCUGUCAACUCUCUCGGAGAAGGACCGGCACCGGAGCCGGAGAUCGGACACUCUGGAGAGGAAGAGCCGGCGGAAGCGCCGACUGGAGUCACAACGACCGUGAUGAACAGCACGGUCCGAGUCAAGUGGAACGAAGCCCAGAACGUCCGAGGUCUGCUGCAGGGAUACAAGAUCUACAUCAGGAGGUUGGGUCCACAUGGGGGUCGGGGCCGCAGGUCCCUGGGAAACCUGCACAAGGAGAGACAGAAGGAGGAAAGAUCUGAGCGAGGGAUGGACAGAAACAGGGAGAGUCGGGUGAUGGUGGUCCACGGCACAAAGACCUCAGAGGAAGUAUCUGGGCUGCAGCUGUUCUCUCGCUACGAGUUGUAUGUCACGGCCUUUAACAGCAAAGGAGAGGGUCCUCCCUCCUCCCCACACCACUUCAGCACCCCCGAGGGAGCACCGGGUCCUCCUGCAUCGUUGAGUUUCGAGAGUCCUUCAGAUAAAUCCCUGAUUCUGUACUGGACUCCUCCAGAAGAAACUAAUGGGCUCCUGCUGGGAUAUGUGGUGCAGUAUCGACAGGAGGUGGAGAGCACGCUGCAGAUGCAGAUGAUCAGCGAUCCCAGUGUGACUCACAUUGAGUUGGACUCUCUGGACCCCAGCAGCCAUUACAUCUUCAAAGUGAUCGCACGCACAGCCGCCGGAGACGGACCGCCCAUCACACGGAGGGGCGCCACCCUGCUGGACGGAGUCCCUCCGUCCAACAUCACCAUCGUUUCCAGCAACACGUCCCUCAACCUGAGCUGGGUUCCUGGAGACAGAGAAAGGAACCACGGCUUCGUCAUCCGCUACCUCCGGAAGAGUUCCGGGGCUCAGUGGGAGGAGUCAGAGGUGGUGAACUCCACGCAGGCUUUCUAUUCGCUGACAGGCCUCCAACCAGGAUCUCAGUACCACCUGAUGAUCAAACACGGGAACGACACUCAGUGGGAAGACGUGAUGUGGACCAUCGGACCAGUGCCGUCGGAGAUGCCUGGGGGGUUCGCCACUCAGGGCUGGUUAAUCGGACUGAUCAGCGCCAUCGUGCUGCUGGUGCUGAUCCUGCUCAUCCUCUGCCUCAUCAAACGCAGCAAGGGAGGCAAAUACGCAGUGAAGGACAAAGAAGAGAAGGAGGUGGACUCUGAAGCUCGGCCAAUGAAAGAUGAGACCUUCGGAGAGUACAGCGAUGUGGAUGAGAAGCGCUCGGACAGCCAGCCGUCUCUCUGUGCCGAGAGCAAGCUGGGCAGCGACGACUCUCUGGCCGAGUACGGAGACAGCGUGGACAUCCAGUUCAACGAGGAUGGCUCCUUCAUCGGCCAGUACAGUGGCCGUGGGCCCGUUCCCCACGGCAACGAGAGCUCUGGCCCCGCCUCCCCCAUCACCGCUGUCCCGCCUCCGCCCAUUGCUCCGUCCAUGUCAAGCAUCCUCAACCGACCCAGCUAGAAACACACACACACACACACACCACACAUUUAGUACACACAGACACACACACACUCAUUACACACACAGACACACACUGCCUGCAACAAAACACACUGUCUGAAUACAUUCCACAGGUUUAUGCAGUGACGAUGUUUACAGGAUGUCUCAGAUUUUCUACUCAGAGUUUACACACACACACACACACACACACACACACACACACUCUUCGAGGACGGAGGACAGGAGCACCAGCUGUUUGAACUGGUUAGAGCAGAACAGCAGAAACGAGUUCUUAUGUAAAGAUCAGUCACUUAAUAAAUCCAUAAGUAACUUACUAAAUAAGUAACUGACAGUAACCUUCACUUACCUACUAAAUAAAUCAGUUACUGCUGAAUAACAGAACACUUCCUGCUUUGAAAAUAAAAACUUGACACAUUUGGAGCUAAAAGUUAAAAGCAAAACAUCAGCGGGGAAUACGUGACGAUAAAGUGGAUAUUACUAAAGGUUAUUAAGCGUUAUGACGGAUCUUUGGCUGAAAGCUGAAGCUGCCGUUAUUGGACGUCGAUGCAGAUGUUACCUGGUAAGGCUUUAGUUACUGAUUCUGACUUUGUUCAACUAACAGCAGUCGACUUUAUGUAAGAGAGAGUUCCUUAUCAAGAUGUCACGCUGCGUCAGAUCACAGUUUAAAAUAUUUAACGUUAUUAAUCCCUAGUUGGAUGAGUUUCUGCUGGCAUAGUGCCGCCCGGUGGUUAUAGAAGGUAACUGCUCGGCUGGUCGAUGAAACCACCAAAGCCCAGUUCAGACCAUAGAUCGACAAAACUUGCAACUACUUGCAAGUCUCCGGUCUGCAGCAUUCUGAAAGCUGCCAGCUACCACCAAGGAGACGAGGCGAGACAAUGUAUCAUCUCCAUAGAAACCACAUCGUUUGGGGACUCGAGUUGAGCUGAGACGGGCCGGUUCAGACCGCUGCAACAUUUCUUAACGUUGUGAAGCAGUUUUGUCUCUUCGCAAAUCUUUGGUCUGAACUGGACUUCUAACAAACAGCUUUGCACAAACAGCUGGUAAAUCCGUCCGGAGAGGAAGAUGAUAGCUGAUGAAGAGUGAGGAAGUUCAUCUUGUCUGACCAAAUGUCUUGUACAAACAUUUAUUCUGUUUAAUGAACACAUCUAAAGUCCUACUCGUUGUUUUUAUAUCAGCAUCAACACUGUCGUUAUGUGUUUUACGUCUCCGCUCACCCCUUUGUGUCUUUGUGUCUUUGUGUCUUUGUGUUUUUGUGUCUUUGUGUCUUUGUGUCUUUGUGUCUUUGUGUCUUUGUCUAUCAACUGUUUGUGUCCAUGUGCAUGCGUCUGGGGAUGAUCUGCUAUUUAUUGCUACCAGAGCGGCUCCCAAACCUGACAUGCAUGCCCUCCCCGAGGAGCAUCUUUCAGUUAUUAUUCAGCGUCUGACUGUUACUGUGUGUGUGUGUGUGUGUGUGUGUGUGUGUGUGUGUGUCCACACUCUCCAUCUCUGCUCUGUAACUGCUGCGAUGGGAGAUCUGUUGCCUUAAGACAGUCCAGUCCUCUCCUUUGUCUUUCUGUACAUCCGUCCAUCAAUCAUCCAUUUCUCUUCCCAAUCUAUGGUGGCCCUGAGAGCUCAUUGCAAAGCAAACACAUGCACACAUAUGCAAAAACAUUCACACACAUACACACUGCAAGUACAUGCAUAAAACAUGCACACA